AUUGGUGCUUGGGACGAUAAUGGAGUCAUCUUUUUGGAGUUUUGACCUUUUCUUCCCAGAGUGAUUUGUUUAUAAGUUGCAGCAAUUGAAAACAACACAUCCUAACUAAACUAUACGCACGCCUCCUAGAAAAGACAGUAACAUAUACCCCACGUGAUAAGAAUCCUGCAUAGAAAGAAUAGAAAUAUACACGUCGUCCCUUGUCCUUGUAUCGGACGGAUUAUCCCGGCCGACCUCUCUUAUUUAAGCUUCAUUCUUCAGUGGCUGCCCCAUCGAUCGGUUUUAUAGAUCUCUCUUUAUUCCGUCGGCGAUGGAGGCUGCCGACCAGCAUGGGGUUUCUCUCAACGUACCUCUCAUGCAUGAUGAGUCGAAGGAUGUUGAGGCACAUGAUCAUAACGGUGAUCGAGAUGCUGUCAGCUGCACCGCCUCCUUUUACAAGACCUGCUUCAAUGGACUCAAUGCAUUAUCAGGAGUUGGGAUACUGUCAGUUCCAUAUGCAUUAGCAUCCGGAGGAUGGUUGAGCUUGAUACUUCUAUUUGUGAUUGCCAUUGCAGCAUUUUACUCAGGCUUGUUGAUACAAAGGUGUAUGGAUUUGGAUUCUGAUAUCAGAACUUAUCCUGAUAUAGGCUACCGUGCAUUUGGGAACAAGGGACGAAUAGUGGUUUCAGUGGUUAUGUAUAUAGAGCUCUAUCUGGUUGCCACAGGGUUCCUGAUUUUAGAAGGGGAUAACUUAUACAACUUGCUCCCCAACGCAGGAUUUCAAAUGGCAGGGAUAAGAAUUGAAGGGAAACAAAUGUUUGUAAUAAUUGUGGCCCUCGUAAUUUUGCCUUCGGUUUGGUUGGAUAACCUGAGCCUUCUUUCAUAUAUCUCUGCUAGUGGGGUUUUAGCUUCUGCUAUCAUCCUCUGCUCAAUCUAUUGGACUGGUGCAUUUGAUGGAAUUGGAUUUCAUCAAAAGGGAACUCCUCUUAAUUUGAGUGGAAUCCCUACAGCUGUUAGCUUAUAUGCCUUCUGUUAUUGUGCCCAUCCUGUCUUCCCUACACUCUACACUUCUAUGAGAAACAAACGCCAAUUCACCAAUGUCCUGCUUCUGUGCUUUACCUUAUGCACUGUUUGUUACGCAUCAAUGGCGGUUUUCGGUUACUUGAUGUUCGGGGAAAAUGUUCAAUCACAGAUAACAUUAAACCUCCCAACUGAAAAACUUAGCUCAAAAGUGGCAAUCUACACCACCUUGGUGAACCCCAUAGCCAAAUAUGCAUUGAUGGUUACACCUAUUGUGAAUGCUACCAAAAGUUGGUUUCCAUCUCAAUACAACAAGAGGAUCUCUGGCCUCUUAAUCAGCACCUCCCUUGUAUUCAGCACUGCUGUGGUAGCCCUGGUUCUCCCCUUUUUCGCAUAUCUCAUGUCACUGGUCGGAGCAUUUUUAAGCGUCACCGGUUCGAUUAUACUGCCAUGCUUAUGCUACUUGAAGAUUUCGGGCACUUACAGGAGAUUUGGAAGUGAAAUGGUAGUUAUAUGGGGUGUAAUACUAAUGGGUUUUGUAGUUGGAAUAGUUGGCACGUAUACAUCUCUCAUACAGAUAAUAGGGCAUCUGUAAGCAGAGGAUUUCUCUUUGUUGACCGUAGGGUUCAGUAAUUGAGUAGGGAAUGCUUGCUCUUAUUUGAAGCUGCUGCUUUUUCAUGUAAUUUAUGAAAACCAAUUUCUAUUAGACAAACUGGAGUGUAUAAUUUAUGUAAGGCAGAUAUUAGGAAUUUGAAAACUUGUCCAACAAUUAUAAAUAUAUUAGCAUUUUAGUUAGACA